AUGAGCUAUUCGUAUCUGAAAGGCGCCAGAAAGAUCAUCUGCAUUGGCAGAAAUUAUGCUGCUCACAUCAAGGAGUUGAAUAACCCGUUCCCUAAACAGCCGUUUUUCUUCUUGAAGCCAAGCUCAAGUAUUGUUACUCCGCUACCGAACGGAUCGCAAGGCUUCGCAGCUGGUCCAUGCACCUACCAAGGCUUGAAGUCCGACGGAUCAAAUCCGGGGAAUAUUUUGAUACCCAGAGGCGUUCUGGUGCAUCAUGAAGUUGAAUUGGCGCUGGUCAUGAGCAAAAACGUUUCCAAUGCUCCUAAAGAUACAUUCGGACCCAAUGAACUAUUCGACUCAAUCUCCGGAGUGGCACUCUCUUUGGAUUUGACUGCACGUAACGUUCAGGAUGAAGCGAAGAAGAAAGGUUUGCCGUGGUCCAUCGGAAAGGGCUUUGACACGUUUCUGCCGAUAUCUGGCUUCAUUCCUAAAGAAACUCUAACCAUGAAGAACAAUUUGCAGAAUUCGUUUCGGUUGAAAUGUGACGUUAACGGAAUGACGAGGCAGGACGGCACUACGGACUUAAUGUUAACACCUUUGCACACAAUUGUUCAGCAUAUUUCAACGAUGAUGUCUUUGGAGCCUGGCGAUAUAGUCUUGACAGGUACACCUGCUGGUGUGGGUGAACUAAAACCCGGAGAUGUUGUCAAAGCUGAGCUUUACCAAAAUGAUAAGCAGCUUAUCGCUAUGACUCUUGAAUGCGCCCAAAAGCCAGGACCUUACGUCUACAAGGAAACCUAA